AUGUCCGCCACCGCCAUUCUGACUGCUGCAGAGCUUGUCUGGACCACUGGGCCGUCCCUGCUAGCGACAUGCCUAAAUUGGUGGCUGUACGGGGUGAUGUGUGUCCAAGCUUACCACUACACCGCCAGCUUCACCCGGCGCGACAACCGGAUCAUCAAAUCGCUGGUCCUGGUCCUCUUCCUGCUCGACACGACGCAGACGGCCAUGAUCACGGCCGACGCGUUCCACUGGUUCGUCGCGGGCUACGGCAAUGCCCAGAUGCUGGACGAGAUCUGGAUCAACGGGAUCGAUGUCCCGUUUCUCGAUGCGCUGAUUGCAUUCAUCGCCCAGGCUUUCUACUGCUGGCGCAUCUGGUUCCUGCGCGACGGCCGGCGCUGGAAGAACGCCAUCCCGGGGCUGAUUCUGCUUGUGGCGACGAUGCAGUUUGCGGCGGGCAUGGUCGUCGGGAUCAAGGCGCAGCAGGUGGCCAGGUGGUCCUUGAUUGGGAGCGAGUUUGUUGAGACGACGAUUUGGUUUACCGGCGCUGCGGUCGCAGACUUGUCCAUUGCGAUUGUCAUGAGUUGGACGCUCCUUUACGAACACAGGUCUUCCGUUUUGAGCACAAACUCUGUGAUCUCCCGGGUGGUCAGGCUGAUAGCAGAGACAAACGCCAUUACCGCGACAUUCGCCGUCCUGGCUCUCAUUUUCUACUGGGGCAUCCCGUCGAAACCAUCCAUGGUUGUUCCUGUCACGAGCUGUAUCGGAAAACUCUACACCAACUCCCUCGUCGCAGUGCUCAAUAACAGAGGGAAGAGCCAUCCGCAGUCCGUCUUCGCCGCGCCCGAGACGCUGCGGAUGCCCACGUUCAGCGCCACACGCAAUAUCAGCGGCAGCACACAGACGCACGACGACUCGCUGGAGCUGGGGUUCGGUGGUGUGCAUGGGAUGCGGUUUGGGAGUGGAGAUCGAAGUGUGGAUAAACAUCCGCAGAUAGGCGAGGAAAGUGGGGAUGUGGUGGGCGUGAAAUUGACCAAUGAGCGGGGUGAAGUCGUUUAAUCGUUGGCCAGAAUGUAAAACACCUGUUUAUUUGGUCAUUUGAGUCGAAAGUAAGGCAAGUAGGAUUCUCCGAGCAAGCGAAGAGUUAAGGGAACAAUGGUUAAAAACGAAGAGCUGAGAUCAAAGAUGAUCUUUAUGCAUUAAGGGGGAAUCGAACCCCCGGCGGGUCGAUAUCUAUUUGUCUCAAAAUAUGGCAACGAC